CUUUUACCAUUCGUAAUUCUGUGUCAAAACAUAAGCAAUAGAUAUUGUGUAAGGUUUACUGAUGAAAAGUAGGUAUCGAUAGGAGGUGACGUUAACAAGGAAACAACACCCGGCUUUUGACGUGGCGAUAUAAAUGAAUAAAUGUAAGGUGGCCUCUUGAGUGAAUCACAACAUUUUGCAAACAGAUUGGUCGUUUCAUUUGACGUCGGAAGAUGGAGAAGUACGUCACCGGAGAAGAAUUUCGUGGACUGUGGAAGAUUUUUUUCGACUUUCUGUCAGCUUUACCAGCGGGUAAGCCACCGGUGGAAGUCGCAGUGGGCGGAAUCAAGCUACCACCAGGAGCAGCUGACGUGGCAGAGGCAUUCAAGCAAUGGGACGUUAGGCAGGAUGACGUGUGGGUGGUCACGUAUCCCAAAGCAGGCACAACCUGGGCCCAGGAGAUUAUGUCCUGCGUCAUGUACGACGGAAACCUCGAAGAAAUCAACAAGAAGCCCACAAUGUUCCGAGUUCUGUUCCUGGAACUUGAACUUCCAGAGCGUGUCAGGCAAAUGAAAAAUCUUCCAUCAAACCUUCAAAUCGCUGAGGAGAUGCCGUCUCCCCGUGUUCUCAAGUCACACAUGCCGGGCCAGCUUCUCCCGCCUCAGCUGUGGGAGAAGAGACCCAGGAUCGUCUACGUCAUGCGCAACCCCAAGGACCUCGUGGUCUCCUACUUCUACUUCAUGAAGAUGGCCAACCCAUCACCGGACUCACUGAGUGAAUCCUUCGGGCAGUUCUUCGACAAGAUGCUCAGGGGAGACGUUUCUUAUGGACCAUGGUGGGAUCAUUAUUUGUACUUCUGGCAGCAACGUCACGAGCCCAACAUCCUGUUACUGCAGUAUGAAGACAUGAAAAGGGAUCUGAGAGGUAACGUUGAGAAGAUCAGUCAGUUCUUGGGCAAACGCCUUUCAGCCGAGACACUGGAUGCAAUCACGGAACACUGCACCUUCGCCAACAUGAAGAAGAACCCCAUGGCCAACCUGGACUACAUGUUCGCACAGGAGGAGAAACCGGUGGCCUUCAUGAGAAAAGGUAUCGUCGGGGAUUGGAAGAACCACUUCACUGUGGCACAGAACGAAGCCAUGGACGCCCUCAUUAAGGAGAAGUUGCACGGUACCGGACUCACCUUCGACUUCAGUUAGCCAAUCAACUAAUUCGCCAAUCAAAUGAAAGCAGGGUCAAGAAUCUAAUUGUCUUCGUUGAGCAAGUUCGAACAAAGACAAUGUUGCAUCCAGUAGUUCGACUAUAAAACCCCAUAGAAUGCAUUUUAUGGGAGUCGACAUGUGCAUUUUAUGGUUGGACUUGUCAGUAGUUUUCUCGGAUUCUUUACCUUAAAUGAACAUUAUCAAAACGAUGAAUUUGAAGAAACGGUAGCAUAAACAAAUCAAAUGAUUGGAACCAGGGAUCUUGCCAUUCAUAGUUAAUCGCACUAUCCAAUAUACUAAUGUUGUAGCUUGAUGAUAUUCGUUGACGAAAUAUAACGUAGUUAAAGUAUUGAGUUGACGUAAUUGUUUAUUUCUCAUGAAUAAACGAAAUAUUCCAAUCGAAAGUACUGAAAAAAUCGUGACCAAAUUACACGGUCAAACGUUUGUGCGGAAGAUUGACUUAAUAGAGAUGUUAAUGCGCGGCUUGUACUGAAACGCCAGGGUACUGGCUUUUCAGAACCAAUUUUAGAGUCAACAUUUGAACUAUUGACAUGGGAAGUCCGACGUCCGAAAUCAUUAGGGGCGGCUAGACGCCCUAAAUGGCGAAAGAUCGACUGUUUCCUUGGGGCCCUGGGUUAUAAACUAAAACAAUACAAGUCAUUGAACAAUAAAUACAAAGUACAACCAGUUAUAGUAAGAAUAAUGAUGCUCUAAAUGUAUGCAAAUGUAUGUGAAUGGUGUAAAGAAGUAGUGGCAAUAAGACAUAUCCCACAAUCCAUGCAUACGACCAAAGUUUUUGUGUCGUGGUGGUAAAGCAGCAGGAGACCGACCAAGAAGCAGAGGUAGGGACAUUAUUAUUUUGCUCCACGCAACAACCUAUAGUUGCCAAUAUUCUUGUCCUUCAUUUCUCUCUCGGCCAUAAUUCAGAUUAAGAUUGAUCAGUUGACCUCCAUGGUUUCUGCCUCUCUCCUGCUACGUCAACACGGUCAGACAUUGCUCAGGAAAAAUAAUAUCAGAUACGGUGGUACUGUUCGAAAAUAUACACAAAACACAAAAGUGUUGUGCAAUGGCGGCUUGUUGCCAAGGUCGUAUGUUUGUUUGUUUGUUUGUUGGUUUGUUUGUACAACAUUCGCCAGUGUUUUAAGUUCACCUGUCUAAAAUCAAAAAUAUAUUGGGUCGACUCGAGUCAAUGCAAAAUAUAUUUUGAUCGGCGCGACUUUGGAGCGCCUGUCUGAACCGGGGUAACAUACUUUAAUACUAGGGCACAAGGCCUACAUACGUCACGAACCAGCCACAACGCAACCAACGGUCCUUGAUCGAACCUGGGUCGGAUUGCAAUAACAGGUCUUAAAGCUGUCUAUGCGUGUUAUUUAGACGGUCGUAGAGUUCUCGCUUCCAGUUGGUCCAUAGACCAUUAAUUGCAAUGACAUCUGAACGUUAGCCUGCGUAGGGAUUGAUAGAAAUGGCCUACAGUUGGGAAGUUCUUUUCAUGCAUCUGUACAUGUGUGGUGAACAUUUUUUUAGCUUACUGUUUUUAAAUUGAUAAGUGUUUGUAUAAAUUGUAAAGUAGAAGAUAACUGCUUGCAGAAAAUAUUUUUUUCAGGAUAGAACGAUUAGAAGGAAUCCUCUAAAGAAAUAUAAUGACACUAUACUGCAUACAUUUUGUACAUUUAAUACCAUUUUGUAUUGAAUUGGUGAUUUUUUUAUUUUUGUUUUGAUUUUUGUUUUCACCCCGUUUGUGAAUAAAAUUAUGUUUUGAAGAGGGCCUAUA